AAACUACAACCUUUUAAUCAAUGAGUUGGCAAUCCGGUUGGCGGCAACAGCUUGUCCAAAUAUGACUGAAUGUGGUGUGUGCAUGCCAAUUCGUCUCUCAUCUAAAAGAUACGUGUAAAAGAUUACUAUUUUCAGACUUGACUUCUUUCUUGUUUCUCGAAGCUUUUACACCUCUAUAAUGUUGUCUUUCAAAUUUUUACCACUUUUGUUUUAUUCCUGUUGUUUCAUUAUAUUGGCCAACACAACUGUGAUUGAAGUUAACUCGUAUAAUUUCAACCAGACUGUUUCAAAGAUGUAUUUUUCCAUACUGUUUGUUGCAACAAAAGACUGCGUGCAGUGCGACAUUGAAUAUCCUAAAUUUCUGGCAGCAUCCCAAUCUUUCCACUCUGAUCCACAGAUCUAUUUUGGCUAUGUUACUGAUUCUGAACUUAUCAAAAGUUUCGGGGUCACUGAGUAUCCAUCAAUUGUCUACUAUGAACCAGGCAAUGAAUCACCAACUAUUUCUGAUCAAGAUCAUACUGUAGAAGGUGUCAUAAAAACUAUUGCAAAAGCAAUGAAAGGUGACUUUUCACGUGUGAAACGGGAAUAUGCUGCUGAACUGGUUGAAGAGAAUUAUGACAAAAUAGUUAGCUUGCCAAACGUUUAUACCUUGAUAUUGCUUUAUGAAAAUAGUGAGGCUAAAGAACAUCUUUCAGUCUUCGAGAAAAUUGCUGCCAGUUUCCGGAAUGAUUUUAAUAUUGUUUUUGGUAAAGUUAAUGCUGAAAAAGAAGAGGCUCUCAGAUCUGAUUUUGGACGAAAGAAAUAUCCUGCCAUGUACUGGUACUCCAUAGAAAACAAGAAUGCUCGAAAACGUUAUGGUGGACGUCUUGAGUUAGUGGAAAUGGUAACAUUUAUAAACGAACAAACUAAUAUUAAUAGACAGCCAGGUGGAGAGCUAGAAGAAACGGCUGGUCGAGUCGAAGCUCUUGAUAAAUUAGUGGUACAGAACGUCAAACAAAUAUAUGAAGGGAAAAACUUGAAAAAAUUACUUAAGAUGUUGAAGAAUGACUACAGCAGAAAUGAACAUGAAAAAUAUUACACGUACAUAAUUGAAAAUAUUCAUGCCACAAGAUCAUCUGAUUUCCUGGAAGAGGAAAGAGGAGAAGUUUUGAAGAAACUGAGUGAUCGAGUGUUAACACCAGUUCAAAUGGACAAUCUUCGACGCAAGCAAAACAUCUUGCACAAAUUUAUUGAUGAGAUUGCCAUGUAUCUCAUAAAUAUAAAUGGAAUCGACACAUCUUUUGGUGGAAUGGAAGAUCCAAGUAGGCUUGGUGAAUUUAGUGGUUCCUUUGAAACUUUUGAUACAUCAACAACUACAAAGCAAAAGAAAAUAACUAUACAUGAAGAAUUAUAACAUCUUUUUUGUUAAAAAUACCAUUUCAAUUCAUUUUAAAUCAUAGAUUCUUUGCAAUUGCUUUACAUGAAGAAGUGUACACUUCUCUUUUACUUUCCAUUUAGUUCAUUGUAAUUCAUAAAUACAUAACAAUCUGUUUUGUCAUCUUAAGAUUGUCACCUACCAUAAGAAGUUUACAACUUGAUUUUGAGUUCUAUAGCUUUUUCAUUGGUAUAUGAUUUUACAAUUUGCAUGACUUUUAUUAUUAUUAUUAUUAUUAUUUUGUUUUUUUUUCUGUGUCUAGUAAAAAUGUUAAAGAAGAAAAAUCAUGAGUAAUUCAAAUGUAUUUCUUUUUUUGAAGUCUCUAUUUUAAUAUUUUAUGCUUUUAUUAAAACACAUUCAAAUAUCUUUGAGCAAUUCCAUUAAAGAAUAGAACAUUAUUAUUAUUAUUAUUAUUAUUAUUAUUAUUAUUAUUAUUAUUAAUAUUAUUAUUAUUAUUAUUAUUAUUAUUAUUAUUAUCAUCAUCAUCAUCAUCAUUAUUAUUAUUAGUAAGGCAGUGAGCUGGCAGAAUUGUUAGUAUGCUAGAUGAAACGCUUAGUGGUAUCUUGCCUGUCGCUAUGUUCUGAGUCCAAAUUCUGCUGAAGCCAACUUUGCUUUUCAUCCUUUCACAGUCAAUAAAUUAAAUACCAGUGAAACACUGGGGUCAAUGUAAUUGAUUAAUCCCCUCCUGCCAAAUUUCAGGCCUUGUGCCUUUAGCAUCAAGGAUUAUCAUCAUCAUCAUCAUUAUUAUUAUUAUUUAGUAAAAUGUAUGUGUAAAUAUAUAUAUGUGUGUGCAUGUGUAUGAGUAUAUAUGCAUAUGUGUAUCUACACAUACAUAUACAUACCUUCCUAUAGUAGCUUUAUAUGACUAUGAAAAGUAAAGUAAAAUGUACUUGAAACUACCUUGAGCAAAAUGAAUGUGCUCUUAGUUUCCUGAAGGCUAUUUUUGGGGAAAAAAUUUUAGGGGGCGGUGUUUGGUUAAAACACACACACACACACACACACACACACACACACACACACACACACACACACACACACACACACACACACACACA